CCAUGACGGGAACCAGAGUGCGUGCUGUCCACACGCCGACGUGUUUCAGUGUGCUUUGACAAUCAAAAACACAGACAUGUUUUCUUCACAUUGUGAGCAGCAUUUGACCUUUGGGCCGAGGGGGGCCGGGCCUUUGCGUUUUCUCAGUUUCAUUUCCGCCCACCGUGUGCCGGUGCCGUGUUUUACUUUCAAUAUCGAAAAAAAAAGAAGCUUUUGCCUGUGUGUCCAGCUUUACUCCAGGGCACCUUCUUCCACCCAUUAUUCUCUCUUCUUAAACUCGCAAAGGUCCAUCCAGCCGGCCUCUGCGGCCAUGUUGGCUGUGUGACUGGCACGCGGCGGGAGAGAAACCGACCCAACAACACAUUGAAACAGAAACGUGUCAUCAUGCAAGAACGACAAUGAAUAAUUCAAGUGUUUUCCGUGUUUUUUAAGAAGACUCCUUUUAUUCACACCCUCUCUUCAGCCAACCCCAAAACCAAGUCGGUUUGCACGCGUAGCGACAAACUACCCGCAGAUACGUGCAAAACGCGCUCGCACACACAAAGAACCUACAGCAACCGCGUGAGACCAAUAUACACACAGGAAGUGCCUCCCACCCCCUCGCCCCUACAUGCUGCCUCUCUCUCUCUCUCUCUCUCUCUCUCUCUCUGAAUGUUACUCAUGGUCGUGUGUUGCUGAGCAGCAGCCAGUUGUGUUCCCCCCCCCCUCUCUCUCUCUCUCUCUCUGUGUCUCUGUCUCUCGCUCUGCUCUCACUCCCUUGUGCUCUCCCCGGCUCAGCGGACGGACGGAUAAGACCUUCUCUACUCUCUACUCUCUCUCUUCGUCCUUUGUUUUUUUUUGUCUUUAUCUGUUUUUAUUUCAAAACAUAGCCUCCCAAACCCCCCCUCCCCCCUCCCCCCUGUGCCAGGGGCAGUAGUGGGGGUCUCAGAUUGUGGGGUGUGUGAGUGAGUGUUGGGGGGGGGGUUUCGUCAUGGAAGCAGUGGCACUGUAUACGUUCCGUGCCACAGAGGGCGAUGAACUCAGCUUCAACAAGGGAGACCUGCUCAAGAUCACCAACAUGGAGGAUGAUCCUAACUGGUACACAGCUGAGCUCCACAACAGAAAAGGCUUUGUGCCAAAAAACUACAUCAACCUGCGACCACAUGCCUGGUUCGCCGGUCGGAUAUCUCGCGGCGUGGCGGAAAGUCGGCUCCGACACCGGGAGUGCGGCGCCUUUCUGGUCCGAGAGAGCGAGAGCGCCCCCGGGGAGUUCUCCAUGUCCGUCAGUUACGGGGACCACGUUCAGCACUUCAAGGUGCUGCAGGACCGCUGCUGUCAGUACUACGUGUGGGAGGAGGUCUUCUCCUCCCUCAACGAGCUGGUGGAGUUCUACCAUAGCAACAGCAUCGCCAAGGAGAGGACCGUCUUCCUGAAGGACCCCGAGCACUUCGCCCGGCGUCCCCAUCAUGCCCACGCUCUCUUCGACUUCGCCCCCCAGCACCCAUCCCAGCUACGUUUCCUGCGCGGUGACGUCAUCGAACUCAUGGACUGCUCCGAUUCGCUGCGCUGGAGGGGCCGUUGCCACGGACACGUGGGCUUCUUCCCCCCCGAGUACGUCCAGCCCAUCCACCACUGCCAAUGACCCCCCCUCCACCCGAACCCCACCCCCACAGCGCCCCCCCCCCAGUGUGCCCUUUCGCUUCUGGAGAACCGACGGGCCGCGAGUGAGCCUGCUCGUCGCGUGACUGACUCCUCCCACUGUCCCUCGUGGUGCCACCUGUCAAUCACAAGCUCGUGUCCAAUCCGCUGCUCGGGCCCCUCCGUCACUGCCACAGCCCCACCCUCCCUUUGAUCAUGUAAAAAGCUACAAGAAGACGGGCCUACGCGCCGUGGAGAACUCAUGCGCCCCGGUGGCGGCUAAAUACACACACACAGACACACACACACACACGAAGGUGUGUGGCCCACAGGAGGGUCAUGGAGGACGUUGACGCGGAGAGACCCGGUGACACACAGCGCCGUCGGGAUGUGAAUAUUCAGGCCCCCUCCCAGGGCACUGACACAGCAGAUUCCUGGCUCCCUGGACACGUGUGUGUGUGUGUGUGUGUGUGUGUGUGUGUGCAGCCUCGGCCUGUGGGGACCAGUAGAUGAACUUUGUUUUUAAAUACACAGCUGAAGAUGUGAUAUCCUCCACUAAACGUAAGAGUAAAUUGUUUGUUUGUCUCCAUGUAUUUAUUCUUGUUUGUGUGCAGAAUUCAUAUAUUACAAGUAAGAGGAGGUUUUUUUUUUUUCUCCCGUUGCAACAAAUCGUCUAAGAAA